AUGUCUUCCCCUACAGACGCAUCUCUAGACAAAACAGUCCUAGCCGUCUCCUUCGCCUCCGCCGUCCUCUACCUCUUCCAAAUCCGCUCCAGCCCCUCCUACUCACGCAUGCUCGUCAAGACCGCUUCCACCGCCUUGCUGUCCUAUCUCUCCCACCUUCUCGACGGCCCCCAAUUCCUCACCGGCGCUCUAGCCCUCGGCUCCCUUGGCGAUGCCUUCCUCGCUUGGGACGGUGACCUAGCCUUUCUCUGUGGCCUGUCGAGUUUCUUGGUUGCUCACAUCGGUUACAUCUUGUUGUUCCUGCAGGAGCAACCAGCUGCUGGGUUUCAGACUCUGCUAGAAGAAGGAUGGCGCACCGCGACGGCCGGUGGAUUAGUGGUACUGGUACCCUUCAUGAUCGCCAUGUUGAUGCCCAAGGUCGGUAAGGCGUUGAGACUGCCGGUGAUGGUCUACUCGCUUACCAUUUGCGUCAUGGCCUUGACGGCGUUGACGCUGGAGAACAAGAGGGUGAUUGUGGGGGCUACCAUGUUCACGGCGUCCGAUUCGAUCCUGGCGGCUGACAAGUUCUUGGUGCCUGGGACGGCGGCGGAGAGCUAUAGGGGGUUGAUGCAGAGGGCUGUUUGGGUGUUGUACUAUGGGGGCCAGGCCUUGAUUGCCCUGGGAUUUGUUGAGCCGGCGUUGUAG